GAGCGGUGAUUGCACCCAAAAGGAAACUGCAUUCACCUGGAGAUAGCUGGGCGCUGGUGCAGGCUGGCGAGUCGUGUGCAAAGGUCAACGGGAGUGAGUGACAGGGUACCGCUCGGGGAAGAGUGCAACGAGGCCGAGCAAGUGCACGCACCGCGCCGGGCGGCUUGCACACGUGCUCGGAGCUGGCUGCCGGGCUGAAGCCCUGCCAAGGAGGAGGGCGCUUUCAGGGCUGGCGAGGGUGCACGGUUGCCGGAAAAGGGAGGUGAAGGUGGGACGGCGGCCGCGAUGGAGAAAGCGGGCGCCCAGGCGCCCCCGAGCCCCGGGCAGCCCUUCCCGGCGACGCCGAGCGACCCGAAUGUGACCCAACUGUCCCUCCACAAACGGCGGUCCUCGCCGAGGAGCCUGGGGGCCGGGGGCUCAGCCGGACCCGCGUCUGUGGAGGAGGAGGGCUCUUCCCCAUCAGAGGAGGAAGACUUUUCGCAGAGGGUUUUGAGCCCGGAACGCGGUUCCCAUCAGAUCUCAUCUAAACGUCCUUGGCCUGCUCACACCUGGGAACCGGAAAUGAAGCAGCGCUUUGCCUUUGACAAUGUCUGCUUCGAAGGCAGCCCCGACAGCACGCGCCCAUCCCAGACGGCCACCGGCACUGUCAGCAUUUUGGGCAUGACUUGCCAGUCGUGUGUGAAGUCCAUUGAGGACAGGAUUUCCAGCGUGGAAGGCAUCAUGGACAUCAGGGUUUCCUUGGAGCAGGGCCGCGCAACAGUGAGCUAUGUGCCUUCGGCCGUCAGCUUGCAGGAGGUUUGCCGUCACAUCGAGGACCUGGGCUACGAGGCCAGCGUCGCGGAGGGAAGGGCUGCCUCCUGGCCCUCCAGAUCCUCACCCGCCGGGGAGGCCGUGGUCAAACUCCGGGUGGAGGGCAUGACCUGCCAGUCCUGUGUCAGCUCCAUCGAGGGCAAAAUCGGGAAGCUGCAGGGCGUGGUGCGAGUCCGGGUGUCACUCAGCACCCAGGAGGCAGUGGUCACUUACCAGCCUUGUGUUAUCCAGCCCGAGGACAUCAGGGACCAGUUAAGUGACAUGGGAUUCGAGGCCACCAUCAAGAACAAAACAGCUCCCUUAAGCCUGGGGCCAAUUGAUAUAGGGCGGUUACAAAACGCAAACCCAAAGAGACCUUCAGCUUCUGCCCACCAGAGUUUCAAUGAUGCUGAGCCCCGGGGAGAGCGAGGAAGCCAUGUGGUCGCCAUGCAACUGCGCAUAGAUGGAAUGCACUGUAAGUCUUGUGUCUUGAAUAUCGAAGAAAAUAUAGGUCAGCUCCCUGGGGUUCAGCGUAUCCAGGUGUCCUUGGAAAACAGAGCUGCCCAGGUCCACUUUGACCCUGCUCACAUCUCCCCAUCGGUCCUGCAGGAGGCCAUUGAGGCCCUUCCACCUGGCAACUUUAAAGUUUCUCUUCCCGAUGGAGCAGAAGGGAGUGGGCCAGAUCGCCUGCCGGACGCCAGGUUUUCUGAAGGCCGUUCUUCCCGCUCCCCCCGGGGCAGCCAGGCGCCAGGCGCUUGCAGGACUGUGGUGCUGGCGGCUGCUGGCAUGAGCUGUUCGUCCUGUGUCCAGGCCGUCAAGGGCGUCAUCUCCCAACGGGAAGGGGUGCAGAGAGUGUCCGUCUCCACGGCUGAACGGACGGUCACCAUUCUCUAUGAUCCCUCUGUGACUGGCCCGGAAGAGCUCAGAGCUGCUGUGGAAGACAUGGGAUUCGAGGCUUCAGUCCUUUCCGAACACGCUCCUGGCGGCCAUGGUGGAAACCACGGUGUUGGGAGUUCCCUGGGGCAAACCACAGAGGCCAAAGAUGUGGCCAGGCAGGGAGUGGCUCCCCACGCCGGGGGCCCCCCUGAAAACCACAGCCCCGGCCCCUCAUCCGAGUCCCCGCAGGCCUCUGGAGCAGUGCCGCCGCAGAAGUGCUUUCUGCAGAUCACAGGCAUGACCUGUGCAUCCUGUGUGUCCAGCAUAGAGAGGAGUCUGCAGAAGGAAGCCGGCAUUGUUUCUGUGCUGGUUGCCUUGAUGGCGGGAAAGGCAGAGGUCAAGUAUAAUCCUGAAAUCAUCCAGCCACUUGAAAUAGCGCAGCUCGUCCAGAACCUGGGCUUCGAGGCAGCAGUCAUGGAAGACUACACGGGCCCAGACGGCAACCUCGAGCUGAUUAUCACGGGGAUGACCUGCGCAUCCUGCGUCCACAGCAUCGAGUCCAAGCUCAUGCGGACGGAUGGCGUCACCUACGCCGCGGUGGCCCUCGCCACCAGCAAAGCCCACGUGAAGUUCGAUCCCGAGAUUAUCGGUCCAAGGGAUAUUGUCAAACUUAUUGAGGAAAUUGGCUUUCGUGCUUCCUUGGCCCAGAGGGACCCCAGCGCUCAUCACUUGGACCACAGGAUGGAAAUAAAGCAGUGGAGGAAGUCCUUCCUGUGCAGCCUGGUGUUCGGCAUCCCGGUCAUGGGCUUGAUGGUGUACAUGCUGAUACCCAGCCACAAGCCUCACGAGCCCAUGGUCUUGGACCACAGCAUCAUCCCGGGACUGUCCAUCCUGAAUCUCGUCUUCUUUAUCUUGUGCACCUUUGUCCAGUUCCUUGGCGGGUGGUACUUCUACGUCCAGGCCUACAAGUCCCUGAAGCACAAGGUGGCCAACAUGGACGUGCUCAUCGUGCUGGCCACCAGCAUUGCCUACGCGUACUCGCUGGUGAUCCUGGUGGUGGCCGUCGCCGAGGAGGCCGAGAGGAGCCCUGUGACCUUCUUCGACACGCCCCCCAUGCUCUUCGUCUUCAUUGCCCUGGGCCGAUGGCUGGAGCACGUGGCCAAGAGCAAAACCUCAGAAGCCCUCGCCAAACUCAUGUCUCUCCAAGCUACGGAAGCCACUGUUGUGACCCUCGGCGAGGACAACUUGAUCAUCAGAGAGGAGCAGGUACCUAUGGAGCUGGUGCAGCGUGGUGACAUCAUCAAGGUCAUGCCUGGGGGCAAGUUCCCAGUGGACGGGAAGGUCCUGGAAGGCAACACCAUGGCCGACGAGUCCCUCAUCACAGGGGAGGCCAUGCCUGUCACCAAGAAGCCGGGCAGCACCGUGAUCGCCGGGUCCAUCAACGCGCACGGCUCUGUGCUCGUUAACGCCACCCACGUGGGCAACGACACAACGCUGGCCCAGAUCGUGAAGCUGGUGGAGGAGGCGCAGAUGUCCAAGGCACCCAUUCAGCAACUUGCUGACCGAUUUAGCGGAUAUUUUGUCCCAUUUAUCAUCAUCAUUUCAACUUUGACGUUGGUGGUAUGGAUUAUAAUCGGUUUUAUCGAUUUUGGUGUUGUUCAGAAAUACUUUCCCAUCCAUUGGGCUUUAAUUGCCCAUUACGUUUUAUUUGCUUGCUUCACUUAUUGGCAGCAAAAUCUAAGCCAGGGAGGACCAUCAGUCAUCCUACUUCUGCAGUUUAUUUUUUAUUCAAGAUGCCCUUUGCUUUCUAGGAGGAUGCUGGCCAAUGAGGUGCCCAGCAAGCACAUCUCCCGGGCAGAGGUGACCCUCCGGUUUGCCUUCCAGACGUCCAUCACGGUGCUGUGCAUUGCCUGCCCCUGCUCCCUGGGCCUGGCCACGCCCACGGCCGUCAUGGUGGGCACGGGGGUGGCUGCCCAGCACGGUGUCCUCAUCAAGGGCGGCAAGCCUCUGGAGAUGGCACACAAGAUAAAGACUGUGAUGUUUGACAAAACGGGCACCAUCACCCACGGGGUCCCCAGAGUCCUGCGGUUCCUGCUGCUUGUGGAGACGGCCGCCCUGCCUCUCAGGAAGGUUCUUGCUGUGGUAGGCACUGCAGAGGCCAGCAGCGAGCACCCGUUGGGUGUGGCGGUCACCAAAUACUGCAAAGAGGAACUCGGGGUGGAAACCCUGGGGCACUGCACGGACUUCCAGGCGGUCCCCGGCUGUGGAAUUGGCUGUAAGGUCAGCAAUGUGGACGGCAUCCUGGCCCCCAACGAGCGGCCUCCGAAUGAACGGGCCGAUAGUGCACCCACUGGAAAAGAUGCAGCCCCCCAAGUAUUCUCCGUGCUGAUUGGAAACCGCGAGUGGAUGAGGCGCAACGGUUUGACAAUUUCCAGCGAUGUCCGCGACGCCAUGACGGACCACGAAACGAAGGGGCAAACAGCCAUCCUGGUGGCCAUCGACGGUGUCCUCUGCGGGAUGAUCGCGAUCGCGGACACCGUCAAGCAGGAGGCAGCCCUGGCCGUGCACACGUUGAAGAGCAUGGGUGUGGAUGUGGUCCUGAUCACAGGGGACAACUGGAGGACAGCCAGGGCCAUCGCCACCCAGGUCGGCAUCAGCAAAGUGUUUGCGGAGGUGCUGCCCUCGCACAAGGUGGCCAAGGUGCAAGAGCUCCAGGACAAAGGGCAGAGGGUCGCCAUGGUGGGCGACGGGGUGAACGACUCCCCAGCCCUGGCGCAGGCGGACGUGGGCAUCGCCAUCGGGACGGGCACGGACGUGGCCAUCGAGGCGGCGGACGUGGUGCUCAUCAGAAACGAUCUGCUCGACGUGGUGGCCAGCAUUCACCUUUCCAAGAGGACCGUCCGGAGAAUACGCAUCAACCUGGUCCUGGCGCUGAUUUACAACCUGCUUGGGAUACCCAUCGCUGCAGGUGUCCUCAUGCCCUUCGGCAUCGUGCUGCAGCCGUGGAUGGGCUCGGCAGCCAUGGCGGCCUCCUCUGUUUCCGUGGUGCUCUCGUCCCUGCAGCUGAAGUGCUACAGGAAACCGGAGCUGGAGCGGUAUGAGGCCCAGGCCCAGGGCCGCAUGAAGCCCCUGAGUGCGUCCCAGGUCAGCGUGCACAUCGGCAUGGACGACCGGCGCCGGGACUCGCCCCGGGCCACGCCCUGGGAUCAGGUCAGCUACGUCAGCCACGUGUCGCUGUCCUCCCUGACGUCGGACAGGCUGUCCCGGCACAGCGCCCCGGCUGACGACAGUGGGGACAAGUGGUCUCUGCUCCUGAGCGACAGGGACGAGGAGCAGUACAUCUGAGCGCUCCGGCGGGCACGGAUCCUGUCAGGGCAGCUCCACACCUCCCAGGCACGCGGCCAGCUCUGCCUGCCUGCCGGGGGGUACCCAGGGGAGAGGGUUUGUCCACCCGCAGCUGAGCUGGACAUGGGCUGCCGCGGAAGCAGCACCAGGGUUGGCAGCUGUCCCUCCCUCAUCUCCGCUCGGCCCUCCCUGCAGCACGCGGCCUCCUCUGGACGGAGCUGACGUCUGCCUGGAGGACUGACCUCCCUGGAUGCUGGUGCAGGGAAGACUCCUGACGCCAUCCGUGACAUCGGUGUGCAUGUCACCUGCAACUGUGCUCCGGCUCUAAGAGGAGAGGACAGCCCCUCCUCGAGGACCUGUGCUUUUCAUAUUCAGGGUGACUGCUUGUGAAACGAGGAAACCUCUUCAGGACCAAAACCUUAACUGGCCUUCCCGUAGAAGUCAUACAAAACUCGAUGUCAGGCUCUUUUCGGUGAUGCCUGCCUGCAUUGCUGAGACCACAGUUUACCUCAGGUGCGACUAUUGGCUUCUGUUGGCACAGUCUCUUCCUUUCCUCCCCUGCUGUUUGCUUGGAGGCCUUGACACUGGAUUGUCAUCUUCGAGGGCUGGACUGACAUCCUCAUGGCCCCUGCCGCAGCUUUUUCCAAAUGCACCUGGCUCGUGUACUUCCGGCCUGAACCUGCUCACUCACACACACACACUGUGCCAGAGAGCUUGACAUGUUUCUCUUCAAGUCGAGAAUUCCUUUUCAGUUAAAAUCUGCUCAUCCAUGCAGUCCUGGCUUCUCCAUCUAGAGAGUAGAGCAUGGUGCUGACCAGCUGAGUGGGGUUCUCAGAGGCCAAGACUGGCCUCCCAAAUCCUGGCUUCCUCGGGGGGACAGAGGCUCUGCAGAGUGCUGGUGUGGUCUCCCUGGGAGGCCUGCAGAGAGGGGGUGCAGGGACACCCCCCAGGGCUCCAGGAGCUUCCCUAGACUGUAUUUCAUGCAACUGUGUCUGCCUGGAGUCCAGGAGAGAAUACGUGUCAGUGGUUCCUGCCCCUGGGGUUGUGCAACUCAGAGGAAACGGUGAUACCGGAUAAGAGUGAAUCACAUUUCGUGCACCUUCUAUUCCCACACACUGGGUUGGUGACCACAACUUCCCAAAGGGCAAGUCUGCUUUUAGCUCUCGGUGGCUCUCCAUGGUUGGUAGCCAUUAGACGGGGAAGAUUGGGUUCUGUUUUAGAGCUUUAAGUCGGUUGGUGAUUGACAGCCCCGCGUGGGAGCAGCCUAGGAGAAACUGAGUUUAAAUUCUAAGGUUAAAGUCCUUGUGACACACACACAAAUUAAUUUUAGUUAUUUAUUGAGUGUCAGUUAUUUGCCAGGUGCAGUGGAAGCACUUUUUAUUUGUUACCUCUACUCUCAAAUAAAGCAAGGUGGAUAUUACUGUCCCCUUUUACAGGUGAGGGAACUGAAACUCAGGGAGGCUGAGCAUCUUCUCUGGGAUCACACAGCAAUAAACACACCAGAAGAAGGACUCAAGUCACAUCUGUUGCUCUGGAGUCUUUUCUCUUAGAAGAGCAAAAUUCUAGGUGAUUUAUUAUUUAUGUUGACUUCGAUUGGAAUUUGAUCAUGAGGUCAUCUCGCCUUCAACUUGGAUGGUUAGUGUCCAUUUUUGUGUAUAAUUUAGUUUUUGCUGAGUUUUAUCCUCUAAAAUCCAAGUGCAGAGUUUUGGGAUUGUUUUGUUUUCAGUCUUCCUUUCCCUCUUGGCCCCUUCCCACCAUCCCAUGCCCGUUGUGUCCUCUGUUUAUUUUUUGAUGUGCUUGGGGAAUGUGUCUUGUUUCCUAACUUGGCUAAUUAUUGUUGUCUAAAGAAUCUAAUUAUACCGAUUUUCAAAAAGCUUUUUUAGGAACAUAAACAUGGUGUUUAUAUGAACAUGAAAAUAUUUAUAUAAUUAUAAAGAAAAUAACCUUUUAAAUAUUUGAAGUGUAAGGAUUUUGGGGGGGGUAGGAUAAGAGAGUUUCCUAUUUCAAAACUUUUUAUGCAAUAUUAGAAUAAAGUUUCUUUUUGUUCUGA